GGCUCGGGUUACAGGUCUCCCAUUGAAACUCCCCUGCCACAUUCCCAGGUCAACACUCCCCCCUCCCUGCUGCGUCACACACCCCAGACAGGUUGGGGUCAGCUCUGCCUGGCCUGCUGGAUGGCCCAUUAAGGACCAUCAGCGAUACAAGUGACCCAUUGAGGGAAGGCAGACACGCCUGGGGACUCAGCCAGGUGGGCAGGGCCCUGCCUAUGGACAGGACUCUGGGGUUUUCCAGGCCAUGGGCUGGGCAGCUUGUCCUUGGGACAAAGAAAGAGAAGCCGCAUGGCAAGAGACUUUGAAAAGCUGCCGCAGCUCCUCCAUCUUCUCUUCAGUCCUGCUUCUGGCCUCUGGAGGGACUUUGCUGCAAACGGGAAGCUCUGAACCAAGGACUGAAGGACCCGUCCCAGCUGGGGAUGUUCUCCAGAGACUUGAUUUGAACCUGCAGCUUAUUCCACCCCUGCUGCAGGCCUGAACCAGGAACUCUGCCAUUGCUGUGUGUCACUGAUUCCACUGAACCAGUUCUAGCUCUCAUCUCCCGCUCUUUCUUUCGAUGAAUAACCCUAGAGAUUUUAGAUUGUAAAGGACUGACAACAGCGUGAUUCGUGGCCCCGGGCCCCGUUCCGUGGGGCGAAGCGGAGGAUUCUCCCCCCCCCCCCCCCCGGCGCCAGCUCUAUGGGGCUUCUCUCAGCUCUCCGCAGGGCUCUGGGCACAUCAAGGCAGGGCCCACGUCCCAGGAGCAGGAAGGGCAGUGGCGGGCCAGGGCUGGCGGGGGAGAGCCCCGUGCGGGGCGUGGUACGCAGCGCGCGUGGCUUCGUCCUGGGCAUGACCCUGGCCAGCCUCUACGGUGCCCUGGUACUCUUCGCGCAGAGCUACAGCAUCUGGUACUGUCUGGUGUCCACCGCCACCCUGGGCACCGGCCUGGGGCUGGGCAUGGCCUUCUCCAGCAAGGUGCGCGUCACCGUCCUGCUCAUGCUGCCCCACGUCUUCUCCAAGCAGGGGAAGAACAUGCUUCUGCUGGUGGCGCUGGGCAUGGCCAUGCAGGGGCCCUGCGCCAACAUCCUGCGGAACUUCGCCCGAGCGGCCCAGUCCGUGUCCUGCGGGGCCGAGCUCACCCUCAACCAGACGGCCGAGAUACUGCAGAGAGCCAGGGAGCCGCUGCUCAACGCCCUGACCAGGAUCAAAGCCAUCGCCCAGAAGGCCAAGGUGGUGGGCGACCGCGUCCGCAAGUUCUUCCGCUCCGUCAUGGACUCCGUGCGACACAUUGCCCGGGCCCUGCGGAACGUGUGGUACUGGUUGGUGCACAUGGGCGAGGUGUGCAACCAGGAGCUGGGUGCCCCCUACACCAAGUGCCUGCGGCUCUUCGACAAUGCCAAGGAUGAGUGUGAGCGUGUCAUCCCCGCCCUCUUCUUCCUCUGCUACAUCCUCCUCCUCUUCAAGCCGCUCUGUGGCCUGGCCAAUGUGCUCCUGGUCUUCUGCGUCAUCCCCCAGUACGUGGGGCCCUUCCUGCGGAGCAAAGUCGUGGCCCCUGUUCUGAGGGUGCUGAACCGCGUGCGCAGGGAGUUUGAGUUCAACAUCUCGGCCGUGAACCAGUUCGACGUCAGCCUCAACUCCACCAAGAGCCUGGCCCAGGUGGCCCUGGACAUCAUGGAGGCCAUUGGCCUGCGGCUGCAGCCGGCCCGUGAGGUGCUGAGCCUCUGCACACACAUCUCCUCCGUCGUCCUCCUCUUCCUCUACCUACAGGCCCUACUCUAUCGCAGACGGUACCUGCACAAUGACGACUUCGACAAUAUCUAUAUCACCGAGCGCUUCCUGGCCAUGGACGUACUGCGGGCGCGGCAGGGCAGGCCCACUGUGCUGCCCCUCUCCGCGCGGGAGAGCACCAAGUACAUCUGCCCGGGCUCCCCGUUCCUGUCGCGCCGCGAGCGCUCCGGUUACAGCCUGGCCCUGGUCGGCGUCCUGCGUCACGUGCUCCUCGGCCUCACCCUCAUCCUCCUUGACUACGGCGUCUUCUGGCUGCUUGACCUGGUCCGCUACCAGCUGCACGGCGAGAUCGUCGCCAGGGCCCCCGUGGUGAUGAGCGUCAGUGUGAACGGGACGGGCUACACGGGCGAGAUCUACCGCGACCUGGUCUCGUCGUUCGACGCCCUGCAGCGUGGCAACGUCAGCGUGCUGUCCCGCCGGUGCCACCUACGUCCCGCCGAGCCGGACUACCGCACCUACCUGCUUAUCGGCCUCAUGUAUGGCGUGUGCUUCUUCAUCGCUAUCUUCGGCAGCUACGUGGGGCGUUUGCGCAGGGUCGUGUGCGCCUCGUAUUACCCCUCCCGCGAGCAGGAGCGGACAUGUUUCCUCUACAACAGCCUCCUGACGCGGCGGACAGGCCUGGCGAGCUCCCUGCUCCGGGCCACGAGGCAGCGGGCAGCCGACGAAGGCCACACCAACCUGCUCCUCAUCCUCGCCUCCAGGUUGCCCCUGUGCGCCUGGCUGGCGCGGAGGAUGGGCGUUCACCAGCAGUACUGCAUGGGAUGUGGGCGCAUCAGCGGGGGGGCCGCCAGCCAGGACUUCAUCACCUGCAUCACCCCUGACUGCAGAGGGAUCUACUGCAGGGCAUGCUACCAGCAGCUCAGCAAUGUCUGCGCCAUCUGCAUGGCCCCCCUGGCCUACCAGGGCGACGUGGACGAAGAGAUCGACUCCAGUGACGAGGAGACCGUGGGGCUGUGGCUGGGUGCCCUGCGGGCGCUGCGAGGGCAGGAGCAGGAGCAGAGGUGCCGACUGCGCCAGCUGCUGCGAAGGCGUAUCCGCCAGAGGGUGCAAGGCCAGGGGUCCUGCCGGCGCCUGCCCCAGGAGCUGGCCGAGUGGGUCUGGGCCCAGCUGGAGGAGGAUGAGAGCGGAGACAGCACUCCCAGCCCCAGGGCAGCAGCUGACGACAGCUCCAGCGACCUGGACUUCGGCUACCAGAACCAGCCUGAGGACAGUGACGGGGAGGGAGGGGCCCUGCCGGGGCCCAGCCCCCCAGAGCGUGGGGAGCUGGAGGAAGUGAAGACAGUCCCAGAUACCAGCCAGUGAGGGAAGCACCAGCAGCCUGGCCCGUGCCAAGGAGACAGAUGCACAGGGCAGGUGGGGGCACUGGGCAGAUGGUCCUGCCCCCCAAUGCCCAUCUGGCUUCGGAGCUGCACAGACUCUGGCCUGGGCACCAGGGGGCUUCCCCCUGCCUGGGAGCCAGUCCCCAGGGACUGUGCGGGAGGUGCAGCCAUUAAUAAAGUGCCCUGGGGCUCAAGCUGAUCUGUGCACUGAACUCUCUGCCACCGGGGGAGGGGGGGGCGGUGGCUCUGGGUGCAAGACGCCCCCCAGCAGGGCUAUAAGGAGAGGGCCUAAUGUCUGCAUCCCCCCAUCUCUCUGUGGCCAGGGGCUGCUGUUACCCUAGAACCCCCCAUUUUUCCCCUGCCCCAACAGGGGGUGCUAUUGACCCUACAGAGCCUGGGCUCCAGGGCCAGGAGCAGGAUCAG